AUGGAAUCAUUUGCGCUUGCUGUCCUUGCAUUACUGUCAGAAUCAGAAGCGGCCAGAAGAAGUUGUAAAAAUAAAGAACAGUUAGGGUUAGAACAGAUUGGAAGAAAACUUUUACAUCUCCGAAUUAGAAUGGAUGAAGUGAUUUGUGACAACCCUCUUGAUAAAGAUACAAGCGAUGACAGUGAUGUACAAAAAGAAAAGUUAAAAACUGAUGAUAGUUGCCCAGCAAGGCAUUGCGAUCUUUGCCAUGAUAUAGGGGAAUCAGCAUAUGCCACUUUGGUUUGUAAGCAGGAACAGCUAUACCUUUGUAAGCCUUGCGGAAAGCGUCAUAACAUUCAGCGUUCGACCCAGUCACAUGUUGUCAUUGAUAUUAAAGAUUAUGAAGAGAACAAGUUAUUCUGCGAAAUUUGUGAGAGUCAAAAUGAAAAGGUACCAGUCUAUGGAUUCUGUGAAACAUGCGAAGAUCCAGAAUAUCUGUGCCAACCUUGUUCAAGAAGACAUACAGCAUCGAAAUUUUUCAAAAAUCACUCAAUCUGCACCAACCUAGAUAAACUGAAUUAUGUUCUGAACUCAAAAUCUGCACAGGACGCAAAGAAUGACAAGGAUAGAGAUACGAAAACAAUGAAUUGUAGCCUUUGCACUGAUAUCGGGGAAUAUCGAGUAGCAUCCUGCUUCUGUUCAUCUUGUGACAUACCUGAACCAUUGUGUGAUGAAUGCAGUCGACAUCACACCCGACAAAGGAAUAUGCGCGACCAUUCACUGUCCACUGAUAUGCAAGCUUUUGUUUCUAUUCUAAAACACAAAACAAUUAAAUGCGAGUUGUGUCUACUUGAUGGCGAGCACAAGCCUGCUAGUUCCUUUUGUCUAACAUGCGAAGAACCAGAGGCACUAUGCGAUGGAUGUUCCUCCCAACAUAUUAGACAAAGAACAUUCAGAAAUCAUCAGAUAAGCAAUGAUAUAGCAAAGUUACCUAAAAAGAAAAAAAUCUUGUGCGAACCUUGUACUAUUGAGGGGGUUAGAUCUCCCGCCAAUUUUUUUUGUAAAGACUGUGAUGAUCCAGAACCUUUAUGCAAGGAUUGCGCACGUCAGCACACAAGGCAACGCCAGUUCAGGGAACAUUCAAUAUGCGAUGAUAUAAAUAAAAUGACCCUGAAAUCAGGAAUAGUAUCUCGUGUUUUAUGCGCUGUAUGCAAGGAAGAAGACACAGAUUCUGAAGCUUCUUGUUUUUGUCAAGAUUGCAGUGAUCAAGAACCUUUUUGCCCAGAGUGUGCCAGACAGCAUAUUAGACAGAAAAGCUUCCGAAGUCAUAAACUGUGUAAAGAUUUAUCACUUUUACAAGACUCAGGAAAGGAAAAAGUUUUUUGCAAUAUUUGCAAAAAAGACAGCAAGAAUAUUCCUGCUGAUGUAUAUUGUAAAGAUUGUUUAAAGCCUGAGCCAUUGUGUAACAGUUGCGCCCGUCAACAUGUAAAGCAAAAACAAUUUCGAAAUCAUGGAAUGUGCAAAGAUAUAGCGCAUUUUAUCAAAUAUCAAAAGCUAGAUGAAAAGGCUUGUGACAUUUGCAAGAUUGAUGGAAAACAUUCAAAAGCAACGAAAUAUUGCCGUGACUGUGAGGAGCUUUUGUGCAAAAAGUGUGAAGAUACACAUCUCAAAUUUAGCUUUGAUCAUGUACUUACUGACAAUUUAGGCAGCAGUGCACUUUGUGAGCCAUGUAAAAGGGGAAAUAAAAAAUCAUCAGCGAAUUCAUUUUGCGAAAAUUGCGAGGAACCAAUGUGCAAAACAUGUUCAGAACAACACCUGAAACAAAAACCUUCUAGAGACCAUGUCAUUUGCAACAAUAUUUUAAAAUUUCUCAAACCAAAAUCAGAAAAAGAAACUGGCGAAAAAAAUCCAAUGGAAAGCUUGGAGUUGGAGGAUAGCUCAGAAAGAAACAAAAAAGGAAGUAGGAUUGAAACUAAAAUCAAGAUACGUAACAAACCAACUAUACUAAAUAGGAAGUCCGAUUCAAUUGAGUUGUUUUGGGAAGUAAUAGAGGAGGAAAUUGAUUUUUAUCAAAUAAGAUAUAAAAGCCCAAAAGGAAAUGACAAAUGGAAGUUCUGUGAAACGAAUGAUUCAACCAACACAUUCGUGGUAAGUGGACUUAAGGCAAAUACUGCCUAUAUUUUUCAAGUUCGAAGUGUGGCCAAUGACAUAGAAGGAUUUUACAGUGAACAAAGCGAUCCUAUUUACACAACCAAGUCCUUAGCAACAAAGAUGCUCGAUUUCUCUGUCAUAAUACCAAAUACAGAUCCAGUAAAGUACCAAUUAGCAGCAGAGGAAAAUAUACAUGCCCGUAAUAGUCAUGCAAAGACAAGGCAACUUAUUCUAGGAAACCCUUCAAUUGGAAGUGCAUGUGAAAAAACAAUUAUGCUUGUUGGUGAGUCAGGCUCGGGAAAGAGUACUCUGGUGGACAGUAUUAUGAAUUAUAUUUUGGAUUUCAGUUUUGAAGACCCUUUUCGAUUCACGCUGGUCAAAGUAGAUCGUGACGAAAAGAAGAUUGAUAAUCACGCAGAGUAUGAAACAGAGUGGAUCACCAUAUACAAGAUCGCCCCACAGGAAGGAGGUCGACUGGACUACACUCUCAACAUCAUAGACAUACCAUGAUUCGGAGAUACACGUAAAAUCCAGAAGAACAAGGCAAUUGUUGAUCAAAUAAGUCAUUUAUUUUCAACUGAAGGCAAACAAGGCGUAUCAUUCAUAGAUGCUGUUUGUUUUAUUGUCAAAGCCCCUGACACACGUCUUACAUCUACCCAGAGAUAUAUGUUUCAUUCAAUAAUGUCCCUUCUCGGAAAAGACAUUGAAUCAAAUAUUUUUACACUGAUAACCUUUGCCGAUAUAGCAGAGCCUCCCGUUCUCUCCUGUCUAAAAGCAGCCAAUUUACUUUUUGAGUCCUGGUAUCCUUUCAAUAAUUCUGCUUUAUCUACAAGCAAUAAGAAUUUGCAGAACACUUCUCUAUCCCAUAUGUUUUGGGAAUGGGGUUAUGUGAGUUUUAAAAAUUUCUUUGAAAAAAUGAAAUCAUUUGAAACAAAGAGCCUUAUGCAAACCAAAGACGUGAUGAAACAAAGAGAGCGUUUACAGUCGGUUUUAACAAAAAUUCAGCCCCUGGUCAAUGCAGGUCUAAUGAAACUUAAUGAAUUACAAAAUACAUUAAAUCUUUUCAAAAAACAUCAGAAUGAUAUUGAAAGUAACAAGGAUUUUACAUACGAAGCAGAAAUCACAAGGCAGAUUAAGCUUGAACUGCCCAUAGGGCAGCAUGUUACCUAUUGUCUCAUUUGCAACAUGUCUUGCCAUGAAAACUGUGAAUUUGUCGAUGAUGACCAAAACAGCCGUUGCUCUGCAAUGGAUUCAGAGGGUAAUUGCAAGGUCUGUACCGGCAAAUGCCAUUGGAAACAGCAUAAAAACGGAAAAUAUAUUUUUAAAUAUAUCACCGAGAAAAAAAUGAAAACUAAUCAAGAAAAGAAAAAACUUUACGAAAAGGCAAUGGGAGAGAAAAUGGCAAAUGAAAAAUAUUUGAAAGAAAUUGAAGCUGACAUAGAUUGCCUUGAUGACACGAUUAGUAGAAUGAUGGACGAAAUGGCAAUGUGCAAAAAUAGGUUGAAAGAAAUUGCUUUAAGACCUGACCCUCUCUCAACUGUUGAGCACAUUGACCAAAUGAUACAAGCCGAAGAAAUCAAUAAGCAAGUAGGCUAUGAAAAAAAGAAUAAAGAUGCUUAAUGAAUUCAAACAAUUUGCCCAAAUUAAUAAAAGAGUCGAAAACCUUGGACAGAAUAUGCAGAAAG